AUGAAAAGAAUUCGAUACAAGCAAAGUGAUGCUAAUCACACAUUUUUCGUCAAAGAAAACGAAGGAAAGGUGACUGCCCUUAUUGUGUAUGUCGACGACAUGGUGGUCACAGGCGACGACCCAAAAGAAAUGUCAAACCUACAAACAACCCUCGCAACUGAAUUCGACCUAAAGGAUCUUGGUCACCUAAAGUACUUCCUUGGUAUUGAAGUGGCCAGGUUAAAAGCAGGAAUCUCCAUGUGCCAACGAAAGUAUGUGUUGGAUUUAUUGGCAGAAACUGGAAUGCUCAAUUGUCGGCCGUUUGAUACCCCAAUCGAAAUCAAUCACAAACUUAUGAUUCAUCCUAAUCAAGUUCCAGCUAAUAAAGAAAGGUAUCAAAGGCUAGUCGGAAAGUUAAUAUACUUAUCACACACACAACCGGACAUAGGGCGUGUUUGGCAAAAGUAG